GAUAAGGACUUCGGGAAGCAGACCCUCCAUAAGGGCCACGCCAACCGCUGGCCGAGGUGACCACCAGCCUGAAGACUACCAGCACUUCACCCUGGAGAAGGCCUACCUGGGGAGGACUUCUUCUGGGCCUUCACGCCCGUAGCAGGGGACUUCAUACGGAUACGCUUCUUCACACCGGUCCGCAUCGAGAGGUAUUUCUUUCGGAGCGGGAACAUCGAACAUCCGGGAGAUAAACUCUUCAACACAUCGGUGGAGGUUCUGCCGUUCGACAAUAUUCAGGCAGAGAAGGAGGCCUUGACAGACGGGAGGGAGAAGACACCAAAGUACCAUCGGACAGAAGACGGAUUCAUCAGAGUU